CUUCAUCCGGAGAGGGGGGCGCUUUCGGGUCCUCCAGAGGCCAGCUUGCAGCAGCUGCCACCACCAACACCACCAAGGUCGGAAGAGGGCCAGCGGGAGGAACUCCAGCAGCGAGAGGAGUUGGGGGAGGAAGAUACCUCGAGUCCUCGGGAAAGGAAGAGCAAACAAGCCCAAGGAGACGCCAGCGAGCCGCUCCAGAAGCCCAACUUCCAGUUUUUAGAACCAAAAUAUGGCUAUUUUCACUGUAAAGAUUGUAAGACCAGAUGGGAGAGUGCUUAUGUGUGGUGCAUUUCUGGAACUAAUAAGGUUUAUUUCAAACAACUCUGUUGCAAAUGCCAAAAGAGUUAUAACCCUUACCGAGUAGAAGCGAUCCAAUGCCAGACCUGUUCACAGUCUCGUUGUUCCUGUCCUCAAAAGAAAAGACACAUCGAUCUAAGGAGGCCUCAUCGGCAGGAACUGUGUGGCCGCUGCAAAGACAAGAGAUUCUCCUGUGGCAAUAUUUACAGCUUUAAAUACAUCAUGUGACAGGCAGUAUGCUUUGUACAGGACAUCUGAACUCUUCUUGUAACUUAUAUUUCCUCUACUGCAACUUGGCUCUGACUGGUAUUGGAAAAUGGUUUAGGCUUUUGUACUUUUUGUAGGUUGUAUGACAGUUAUCAAUGUGACUAGAAUAAAAUAAAUGCAUGUAAAAUAGA